GGUUGGACUCGAUGAUCUUGGAGGUCUUUUCCAACCUAAACGAUUCUGUGACUCUGUGAUUUACUGAGAGGAGCUGCUGUGGCUGCUGUUGGAUCCCCUCAGGAAAAUAAACAGGCAUUUGCUGGUGUUUUCAGAGACAGGUAAUCUGUCUUUUAACAGCAUAUCCAGUUUUAUCUCUACAGAAAGCCAGGCCCUCACAGCACCUGGUUCUCAUCCCACCAGCAAUCCCCAAUCACGAGUCACUCCUGAAAACAGGGACACAUUUAUUGAUGCCAAAGAACUGGAGCCUCAGGGGUUGUUUCAGUGCCUGUCUCACAGCCCCAUUGCCCCGGGGAAGGGGGUGGCAGGGCAGGGGUUGCCCAGGGGGACUCGGGCUGUAAUUGCCCUCCAGGGCUGGCAGGUGAGCUGCCUCAGGUACCUGUUGGUGACUGGUGAGGCUCCUUCUUCUUCUUAAUGCCAGGGCUGGGCUGGCAGUGCCAUCCCCGUGGGCACAGUGACAGCACCAGUCCACCCACGCCGUGAGUAAACUGGGUAUAAAAAGCUACAAUAUGAGUCUUAUCUGUCACAGAUCCAAGAUGGAAAAGCCCCACACCAGGGGAACAAAGUGAUGCUAUUUUAGGGUUUCACCACAGAUAUGCAGCGAAACCCCCACGGUUUCAAACCCCACGUCACUCAUCAGAUAAUUGCAUUAAUAACCUGCAGAGCUCGUCGUAAACCCACUUUGCAUCCGUGAUUUACACAGAUUGGGCACAAAAGGAAUAGCCAGAAGGCUCAGGUUGUGCACUUGACCCUGUGCUGUCCCUCCAGGGCAGGGGGAUGGUGGGUUUGUUCAGCCUCUGGCACAGCCAGGUACUGACUUGAUGCCUGAGGAUAGAAAAGCACCCAAAGCAAAGGUUUUUACAGACCUUAGUGGCCAUUCCCUUUGGAUCAUAGCCCUCCUGGAAAAUCUACAGACACAGAAUAAGGAGGUGCCCCAGCAUAGCAUGAGAGCCAUCCCCGGUGUGGGCCAUGCCCUUCCCCAACGCCUCUGAUCCGCACCCGUCCUUCUUGCUGGCGUCGCUGCCGGGCCCGGAGGGCGCCCAGGCCUCUUUGGCGGCGCUGCUGUGCGGGGCCUACGCUCUGGCGGUGGCGGGGAACGGGGCGGUGCUGCUGGCGGUGCGGCUGGAGCCCGGCCUGCACACACCCAUGUACCUGCUGCUCUGCAUGCUGGCCGCCCUGGACCUGGCGCUGGCCACCUCGGCCGUGCCGCGGGCCCUGGCCUUCUACUGGCUCGGGGCGCGGGAGAUCGGCUUCGGCGCCUGCCUGCUGCAGAUGUUCCUCAUCCACGCCCUGUCGGCCGCCGAGUCGGCCGUGCUGCUGGCCAUGGCCGUGGACCGCUACGUGGCCGUGUGCCACCCGCUGCGCCACGCCGCCGUGCUCACCAACACCCACACCGCCCGCCUGGGCCUGGCCGCCCUGGCCCGGGGAGCGCUCUUCUUCCUGCCCCUGCCCCUGCUCCUGCUGCCCCUGCCCUUCUGCGGCUCCCGCGCGCUGUCCCACUCCUUCUGCCUGCACCAGGACGUGAUGAACCUGGCCUGCGCCAACACAGCCCCCAGCGUGGUGUACGGGCUGGCCGCCGUCCUGCUGGUCAUGGGGCUGGACGCCGUCCUCAUCUGCCUCUCCUACCUCCUCAUCCUCGGGGCCGUGCUGCGCCUGCGGGCCCGGCGUGAGCGGCUCAAGGUGUUCGGCACCUGCGUGGCCCACGUCUGCGCCGUCCUGGCCUUCUACGUGCCCCUCAUCGGGCUGUCCCUGGUGCACAGGUUCGGGAGGGACCUGGCGCCGCUGGUCCACGUCACCAUGGGGAACGUCUACAUCCUGGUGCCCGCCGUGCUCAACCCCAUCAUCUACGGGGUGAGGACCAAGCAGAUACGGAGGAGGAUCUUGAGCCUGAUCCGGGUCGGCGACAGGAGUUCCCAGUGACCUGUCCCGUGUCCUCAUUGCUCACGUUCCACCCUCGGUGUCCUCUGGGUGCACCCCGAGGUGCUGCCAGGAGGCAAAAGGUAAAGAGUGACUACAAACUCCUUGCCCUCAUCAAACUUGGAGAGAAUCCAUUCCAGCGAUCUAAACCCAGGCCUGGCUGAGCGGGUUCUGCAAUUGGAAGGAAAAGUGACUCAACAAACUGAU